AUGGAAAAAAAUGUCAAGAAAAAGAAUGUGAACAAAACCUGUAACACUCUGGCAAGUGCUGUAGAGGCCUCUGCUAGAGUCUCUAGCAUCUUGCCUUCAGAGCAGGUUUCACCAUCUAAUGUGUCAGAUCUUCCCAGAAUUUUGUCUGAAGUAGUACAUCUAGAAACUGGAUCCCAGAAAAGGCGACCAGGCACUGCAAUAAUAUCAAAACGGUCAGAUUCUUCAAACAUGUCUCGGACGCCACUGAAUCGGCCUGUCAUCCCACCAAGAAGACCUUGCUUCAGGGUAUGCUAUAUCUGUGGCAGAGAAUUUGGGUCACAGUCUAUUUCUAUACAUGAACCCCAAUGCCUAGAGAAGUGGCAUAUUGAAAAUAAUCAGCUACCAAGGCAUCUCAGAAGAGUGGAGCCCAGGAAACCUGAGGUCCUUACUGGUCGUUCCUGUACGCUUACAGCUGAAAAUGAGGCAGCUUAUCAUAGUGCUCAAGCCCAGCUCCUGCCCUGUGGAAACUGUGGCCGAACCUUCCUUCCUGACCGUCUCAUUGUGCACCAAAAGUGUUGCAGAGGAGGUAGCAGCAGUGUGGGGCCGUCAAGCUCUAGUCCCCGUAAAUCUGGUAAAGGCCCAGGCUCUGGGUCUGGCUCAGCAAGUGAUGAUCCAUCUAAGACCUGUCGAGGAAAAAGUGGGGCUGCACCAGACGUAUUAGACAAGGCACAAGUGAUAAGACGGCCACCAGCAGUGAUUUGUUACAUAUGUGGCCGUGAGUACGGAACAAAAUCUAUUAGCAUCCAUGAGCCACAAUGCCUGAAAAAGUGGCACCAGGAGAAUGACCUGCUACCCAAGCACUUGAGAAGGUUAGAGCCCAAAAAGCCUGAAGUCAGUCCCAUACAAGCCAAAGGUUUCUAUGAUCUUGAUUCUUUAAAUGAGGCUGCCUGGAUCAGCGCCCAGAAACAGCUAGUUCCAUGUGAUAUUUGUGGGCGUACUUUUCUUCCAGACAGACUGAUCGUCCACCAGCAGUCCUGUAAACCGAAACCUGCAAUGUGA